CAGGAGGUAUGCUUCAAAUUAGCCAUUUGUGUGCCUAUUUUGUACUCUUUUAUCAUUUAAGUUCUCCAUCUCUGCUGCUGCUCUUCAAACUCAAACCUCCGAGUGUGUGAGAGUGAGACACAGAGAAAGAUGGUUUCCACCUCAAGUGAUAAGCCCCAUGCUGUAUGCAUACCAUAUCCAGCACAGGGUCACGUAAACCCGAUGCUCAAAUUGGCCAAGCUUCUCCACCACCAUGGAUUCUACAUAACCUUUGUUCACACGGAGUACAACUACAAACGCCUGCUUAAAUCCCGUGGUCCUGCCGCCCUUGAGGGCCCACCGGACUUCCGGUUUGAGACUAUUCCUGACGGCCUGCCGCCAUCCGAUGCCGACGCCACCCAAGACAUACCAUCACUAUGUGAAUCUACAUCCAAAACUUGCUUGCUGCCGUUCUGCAGCCUGCUGACGAAGCUCAAUAACGCCGCACCAGAAGUACCUCCGGUAACAUGCAUAGUGUCUGAUGGCGUCAUGAGCUUUACUGUCAAGGCGGCCGAGCAGUUUGGACUUCCCGAAGUGCUGUUCUGGACUACCAGUGCUUGUGGUUUCCUCGGUUACACGCAGUAUCGGCCUCUUGUGGAUAAAGGCUAUACGCCUCUCGAAGACAUGAGCCAGGUAACAAAUGGUUACUUGGAAACAUCUCUUGAUUGGGUUCCUGGAACGAAGGAUAUUCGAUUGAGGGAUAUUCCUAGCUUCAUCAGAACGACUGAUUCAAAUGACUUGCUGCUCAAUUUUUUGAUGAGUGAAGUUGAGGCUGUUCCCAAAGCCAAAGCACUCAUUUUCAAUACAUUUGAUGCUCUAGAACAAGAUGUUUUGGACGCGCUCUCUGCCAUGUAUCCCCGCAUUUACACAGUCGGGCCUCUGCAACUGAUGAUGAAUAACAUUCACGAUGAAAGAUACAAUUCGUUGAGCUCGAGUCUGUGGAAGGAAAAUUCUGAAUGUAUUAACUGGCUGAACACUAAAGAACCAAAUUCUGUUGUGUAUGUGAAUUUUGGGAGCAUAACUGUAGUAACUGCACAACAGCUAACUGAAUUUGCAUGGGGAUUAGCAAAUAGUAAGAAGUCAUUUUUGUGGAUAAUUAGGCCUGAUAUUGUCGCCGGUGAUUCAGCCAUGUUACCUCCGGAAUUCCUGACAGAAACAGAAGAUAGAAGCAUGUUAGUCAGCUGGUGCCCGCAAGAACAAGUUCUAAAGCACCCUGCAAUUGGAGGUUUCUUGACACAUAGUGGGUGGAAUUCAACCAUAGAAAGUAUAGGAGGUGGUGUGCCAGUGAUUUGCUGGCCUUUCUUUGCUGAGCAACAAACAAAUUGUAGGUACAGUUGUGUGGAAUGGGGUAUGGGAAUGGAAAUAGACAAUAAUGUGAAGAGAGACGAGGUGGAAAAGCUCGUAAGAGAGCUUAUGGACGGCGAGAAAAGGAAGAAAAUGAAGGAGAAAACUAUGGAGUGGAAGAAGAAAGCAGAGGAGGCAACUGUGCCUGGAGGAUCUUCCUACAUGAAUGUUGAAAAACUGGUCAAGCUUCUACAAUAACUUGAUUUGUAACAGAAAAAGUUUAUGAAAAUAAGUCAGUUUUAAGUGUCAAAUUUAUCAAUUAUUACUUUCCAAUGCAUUAGAAGUACUUUGAAUGCUUUUGAGGCUCCUGCUGCUUCUCCGGGGAUGAAAUUUGGAACAUUUGUGUGUCCAAAUUCUUCCUAAUACUAUAGUUCUAAUAAUCACCAGUGUAGCAGUUACUUUUAAUUCAUUGUUCAAUGCGACCUACAUUAUUGCUGGAA